UUUCAACUUUUUUGCUUGUUUAUACUUUGAUUUGUCUAUCCAUUGACUGAAGUUUUAACUACAAGGCAUCAAAUAUUCCUCAUGUCUCAGAAAAUGCAGGUGGAGAUGAUUCUGUUGCUGAAGAAUGUUAGUUCGACUGACUCAAUUGCUUGAAUGUAGUGUAGAUUAGGUUUUACCCCAAACUAAAUCAUGAAACCAGUUAUUGACCUUGAAGUUGAGGCCUCAGAAAACGAAUCUGAUGUUAGCAGCCAAGUAGCUUCAAACUUGUCCAUCCAAGAAACAUCAGCUGCUCCUUCCAAUGACAGCCUUGCUAACUCUUCUCAUCUCACAAACCCCUUAGAGAUGCAAUCAAAUUCACGGCCAAUUUUACUUGAUUUAACUCUAUGCUUUAAUUUGGAUGAGUCAGGAGGAGGGAGGGAUUCUGUAGGACUCUCAUUGUCAAGCACAAGUGAGAGUAGCAAUGACCCUGCAUUGCGCACUACAGAGUCAGCCAUCCCACGAGUUUUUUCCUGCAACUAUUGCCACCGCAAAUUCUUUAGUUCACAGGCUCUUGGCGGCCACCAGAAUGCACAUAAAAGAGAAAGAACAUUGGCAAAGCGGGCAGUGCGAAUGAGUAUUUUCUCAGAGAGGUAUGCCAGUCUGGCUACUCUGCCUCUGCAUGGAACCUCUUUCGGGUCCUUGGGAAUCAAAGCACACGGUUCAGCACACCAAAGCUUUGUACCAGCAGCAAGACCACCAGAUUCAAGAAACAAUACAAGAUUUGAUCAUGGCUAUUUGGGUUUGCCCAUAUUCAUGGAAGAUGAUGAGGCAGAUCUGUUGUGGCCUGGUAGUUUCCGUCAGAUAGCUGAGGCAGGUAAUAGUAAUAGUCAUCCAGGUUUUGAGCUGCCUGGAAGUUCAAAUAUGAAUUUUAUGGAGGUUACUCAACAAGUAGACUUGGAAAGUUCAGCACCAGAUCUCACCCUGAAACUUUGAGGCUUGUCUCUUGAAAACCAAGUUUCUGACUCUUUGUACAGCGAAACUAUGCCUAGCCAACAGCUAGUUUUUGCUUUCCCUGAUCUUCAUUUGGUGUUAAAGAAUGUUUGCCAGUGUAUAAGAGCUUCUCGAGGAUUGUUUUGGAGCUCCUGUGCUUGUAAUCGGUUUCUGAAGUUUCUAAUGCUGAUCGAACAUUUGAUCAUAUUCUCAACCCUUCUUUACAAAAAGUGAGACGAAAUAGAUUGUUGUAAAAGUUUGAACCUGCUUUUAUGGCCAA